AUGGAAUGCAACCGGAUAUCCGUGCUGAAGAGGGAAUCCUUCCGCGGUUUGCCCAACUUGAAGGUCCUCUACUUGGGCGACAAUGUGGUACCGUUAUCGGGGUACUUGUUCGCGGAUUUGAGAAACCUGACGUCGCUGAAUUUGAAUUCCAACAAGAUCAAUUCGAUACCGAAGGACUCGUUCGCCGGGCUGUCAAACUUGGGAAUUCUCUCCCUGGAACACAACGAUAUCGAAGCGAUCGAGGCGGAAUAUUUCUCGAGUCUUAAUCCCGGACGACUGAUAUUCCUUUGGCUUAGCAGCAAUAACAUCUCUCGCGUCGCGCCGGAUUCCUUCGCCGGGUUAACCAAACUGAAUUACCUCUACUUGGACUACAAUCGGCUAGAGGAUUUGCCGAGCGGUGCCUUUCGAGGAUUGAACAAGCUGGAGUAUCUUUACUUAAAUAACAAUCGGAUAACAAGCGUCUCCAGGUCGCUCCUUCGCGACUUGGUCGGUCUGGAGAGACUCUAUCUUCAGCAGAACGAGAUCAGCGCUCUCGAGCCGGAUACGUUCAGGGAUCUGUCUCAGUUGAAACGACUGGACCUGAGGGAAAACAAACUGUCUCACAUUGUAGUCGGCACUUUUGCUGGGCUCUCCAAUCUGGAAGACAUCGCGCUAGGGUCCUCGAAGUUAUGCGAAGCCAUUUCGAGGAUCGAUUGCCCAGGAUUUUCUGGCUCAGCGCCUUGGAACUCUUGGAAAUUCGAGAGAACUAUAAGAACGUGUCGGCGCACUUGUGAAUCAAGGCAACCGGAUCUAUGCUGAAGAUGGAAAGUUUUAAACAUUAAUAUUUUAUAAACUGUUGCGCACUAGACAGCUAGAAUUACUGUACUUUAUAUUAAUGAAUGGGGUGUACAGUAAAAUAUUAAAAAUUUAAGAGGUCAA